AUGGCCACUGCUGCUCUGGCUCCAGUGGCUGCUCGUCCACCUUCCAGGUCAGAUCAACAACAUAAUGGAAAUAUCCAAGAACCUAAUCGACCUUUACGUUGGAGAGUGAUUGACGACCAACCACAUGUUGGAAAAUACAGGUUUAUACGAACUAUAGGCAAGGGGAAUUUCGCCAAAGUCAAAUUAGCGAGUCAUGUUAUUACGGGACAACAAGUCGCUAUCAAAAUUAUUGAUAAAACCCAGUUAAGUCCUUCAAGCCGUCAAAAGCUUUUCCGAGAAGUUAGACUGAUGAAAUUGCUGGACCAUCCAAACAUCGUAAAGCUAUUUGAAAUUAUUGACAACGAUAAGAUUUUAUAUUUGGUAAUGGAAUAUGCCAGUGGUGGUGAGGUUUUUGAUUAUUUGGUUGCUCAUGGAAGAAUGAAAGAAAAAGAAGCACGGGCUAAAUUCCGUCAAAUUGUUUCUGCUGUUCAGUACUGUCAUCAAAAACAUAUUAUUCACAGAGAUUUAAAAGCCGAAAAUCUCCUUCUUGAUGCCGAUAUGAACAUAAAACUGGCUGAUUUUGGCUUUUCUAAUGAAUUUAGUCCAGGCACGAAAUUAGAUACUUUUUGUGGAAGUCCUCCUUAUGCAGCCCCAGAACUAUUCCAAGGUAAGAAAUAUGAUGGUCCCGAAGUUGAUGUGUGGUCGUUGGGUGUUAUUUUGUACACAUUAGUCAGUGGGUCCCUUCCUUUCGAUGGUCAGACACUUAGAGAAUUGCGUGAACGUGUUCUACGUGGCAAGUAUCGCAUCCCGUUCUACAUGUCAACAGACUGCGAAAGUUUGUUGAAGAAAAUGUUGGUCCUUAAUCCAAGUAAACGAUACACUUUAGAGAUGGUGAUGAAAGAUCGUUGGAUGAAUACUGGUUAUGAAGAUAAUGUAUUGUCACCGUACAUAGAACCCGAACCAGAUUACACUGAUCCUGUACGUAUUGAGAUUAUGGUCAAUAUGGGCUUCAGUCGUGACGAAAUAGAGAAGUCUUUAACUCAAGGAAACUUUGACGACAUAAUGGCUACUUAUCUCCUCCUUGAUAGAAGACGUUCUUCACUUGAUACAAGUUCACGUGAUGGUUCAAGUCUUUCUUUAAGGCAAAGUACUCAUUUACUUUCUGCUACAUCAAAUCCUGCAGCCAGUCCACUAAUCUCAACUGGUGGUGUUAAUUGUGCGAGUGUGGAACAUACCUCAAAUAUUUGCCCAGAUGAUACGUUGUCUGUUUUACCUACAAAUGCUGAUACUGGACCAAUAAAUCAAAACGCACAUUCAAGCUCCAAAUUUACGGUCAAUUCUGGAAGUGCCACUCGUUCUACGAGUACAACACCACCUAGUACAGUAACGGUAGUCAAUAAUGGUGCCAAUAACAAGCCAGCUGUGAAUAUAAUCACUCCUUCAUCUUGCACUUCUGGGUCGGAAAGUUCAGGAACUACAGGUACCAGUACAAUAACUCCCAUUUCACAUGUCAGUUUGGCAUCUACAAAUACAUAUUCAUCUUCAAGUGGAAACGCGAACGUGAAUUACAAUACAGCCCUUAACGCAAUUGAAGCAUCAUGUCCUUCUAGUAAUGUUGAAUCAAUUAAGUUGAUGCGGAAUGACCUUGUUCGUGCUUCAGAUCGUCCUGGUAGGGAAGAAUCUAGCCGGAUUUUGGCACGAUUACGAGGCUUUACUGAUGAAAUGGCCACUCCAGUUGUUGGUGGGGGUGGGCUUACAGCUUAUCCAAAUGUUCCAGGCCAACGAACAAGUAUUGAUGCAGGUACCAGCACAGUUCGUCCAACUACUGCCGGCCAGAGAAAACCCAUUCCUAUCACUUCACAAGCUCUGGGUGCAAACACGAAAUCAUCACCAAACUCCAACUCAGCUAUGGCACGCCGUACUCAUACUAUGAAUUAUGGGACAGCAACCCCAACAUCUGGAGAUCAACAACAUUCUGUUAGGCGUCAACCGAUCAAUACAAAUGCAAGUGGACGCAAUACAUGUGUAUUUGAUAAUGCUAAUCCUAGGAACUCAGUCGCUCUUUCUGGUAUCACUGGUCUUUCUAGUGGAUCUGCUUUAUCGCCUUCGUCUGAUAAAUCUACAUCUGGGUCAUCAAGCGGAAGUGGUAACAAUCAAGUUACAACCAAUGGUGCUGGAAGAUUACCAUCUCAUGAAAUUCGAAGCCAUGUUACUCCUGCACUUGUUCCUAUGACUACGCGUACUAACAAAGUACAUCAUGGUGCCAAUAUAUCUAGUGGUACUGGUGGUGCUUAUCAUGCAGGUUUAUUAUUGGAAAGAUCUGCAACGUUGAAUACUGCAGGUCCUGGUACUAGUGGUAAUGGAACUUCAUCAAAUCAAUGUGCUUCUUCCACACGUGGAAGUGAUGUAGUUGGAACUGGAGAAUUACAUCGUAAUCAACCUUGUGCCAAUAUUGUCGGUCGAAGCGGAGUGGGUACGUCAACUAACCAGGCGGGUUGUAACGCUACCUCUGUUGCCGCACGUCGUGUAGUUACAAAUACCAAUAAUAACACGUCUUCUGGAUUUAACAAUGGUAUAGGAACUAUCUUAGAGACUACACCUUUCCCUAGGCUUACACCAGAACGUAGAACUAUUCAUUCAACAAAUUCACCAAACAUAGACUUUGAUUUCGAUACAAAUAAUCAAAAUUCUAACAACACAGUCGCUGCUCGUUGUAUCAAUGUUUCACUUGCUGGUGCUGGGGCUACAAAUAGUAGUGGUAUGACUCACUUAACUCCUUCUGGCACUGGUCUUACCUUCUUCAAGGCACUCACUUCCAAAAUCGGUCGACGUGGACCUAAUAGUGGUGCAAUGGGCAAUAUGUCUCAGGCACUUACUGGUGGCACUGAUAUUUCACAUGUUCCAUUCUCAACGGCGGAUUCUAAUAUUGGAGCUUCCACAACCAGCUCGGGAUCAGGUUAUCUACCUGGAGAUUCAGUUUUUUCUGACUCCAGUGUACAUGGCGCAUACACCGAACCUGUUAGUCAGUUAACACCUGGAGGGAGCUCUGCUGGUUCUCCUGUUCCUCAAGGCGGGAAUCAAACUGUUCCUCAUACUGACGAUAAUGUUAAUGAUCAAACGAAACCACGAAGUUUACGUUUCACUUGGUCUAUGAAAACAACCAGUAGCAUGUGCCCGGAUAACAUGAUUAAAGAGAUCAAGAAGGUCCUCACAGCCAAUAAUUGCGAAUAUGAUCAACGUGAAAGAUACCUUCUCAUAUGUGAGCAUGGAGAUCCAAGCACAGAUGCGAAUGUUCAGUGGGAAAUGGAAGUUUGUAAACUUCCUCGUUUGUCUCUAAAUGGAGUUCGCUUUAAAAGAAUUUCAGGAACUUCUAUUGGAUUUAAAAGCAUCGCUUCCCAGAUCGCUAAUGACCUCAAACUUUAA